GGCGUUACAGUGGUAGAAACAUUUACAUCAGAGAAGGGAGACCCUCCUGCAGCUGAGUCUGAAAUCGAUCAAAGUUCAAAGGCAAUUCUUUUUUUUCUUUCCUGAAAAUUCAAACCUAAUCCAACCCUUUUCUUUUCCAUUUCCGAUUUCAUUUCAAAUUGACCUCGCCUUCACGCACCUUCCCUUAGAUCCCCAAAUUCCCACCUCGCAAAAUCUCCACUUUUCCCCCAUUCCGAGGAAACCAUAAACCAUGCUCGAUCCAAUGACUUUUUGAAUUCCGUGCUUUCUCUCGGACCUCCCCCUCCAUCUAUCUUUGGAUUUUGAAUUCUCUCGCUUGGGUCGAUGAAUAACAUGCCACAAUAGUGUUCGAAAGCUAAAAGGUGAUCUUUCUUUUUUUUUUUCAUUUUUGGGUUUAGCUCUGUGUUUGAAGAGGGCAGAGAGAAAGGGAGUGACUGGCUGGUUAAUGGGGAUGGGUUCAAAAUUGGAAGGACCGUCUACCCCAGUAAAUCGACGUGACCCAUAUGAGGUUUUGUCUGUGUCAAGGGACUCUUCCGAUCAAGAAAUUAAAACUGCUUACAGAAAGCUAGCUCUCAAGUAUCACCCUGACAAGAAUGCCAGCAAUCCUGAAGCGUCAGAACUAUUUAAAGAGGUUGCUUAUUCUUAUAGUAUCUUGUCCGACCCGGAGAAGAGAAGGCAGUAUGAUAGUGCAGGAUUUGAGGCACUUGAUGCUGAUAGCAUGGACAUGGAAAUUGACUUGUCUAAUCUAGGGACAGUCAACACAAUGUUUGCAGCUUUAUUCAGCAAGCUGGGUGUCCCUAUCAAGACAACCAUUUCAGCUAAUGUUCUUGAGGAAGCUCUGAAUGGGACAGUUACAGUCAGACCACUUCCUAUUGGAACAUCAGUGAGCGGAAAGGUAGAGAAGCAAUGUGCUCACUUUUUUGGUGUGACAAUAAAUGAGGAGCAAGCUGAGUCAGGGAUUGUAAUAAGAGUUACUUCAACUGCACAAAGCAAAUUCAAGUUACUUUACUUUGAACAAGAUGCAAAUGGUGGCUAUGGUUUAGCACUGCAGGAAGAUAGUGAGAAAACUGGCAAGGUGACAUCUGCCGGAAUGUAUUUCUUACAUUUUCAAGUGUAUAGAAUGGAUUCAACCAUGAAUGCGUUAGCGAUGGCCAAGGAUCCUGAAGGGGCUUUCUUUAAAAGGUUGGAAGGUCUUCAACCUUGUGAAGUCUCAGAACUAAAGCCUGGCACCCAUAUAUUUGCUGUUUAUGGGGAUAACUUUUUUAAGACUGCUAGCUAUACAAUUGAGGCAGUAUGUGCAAAAUCAUAUGAAGAUACCACCCAGAAACUUAAGGACAUUGAGGCUCAGAUUUUAAGAAAGAGGAAUGAGCUACGCCAAUUUGAAGCAGAAUAUCGAAAGGCAUUGGCUCGCUACCAGGAAGUGACAGAGAGAUAUGCAAAAGAAAAACAAUCUGUAGAUGAGCUUCUGAAACAAAGAGACGGCAUCCAUUCAUCCUUCACCAUUGUCAAAUCAACCAAUGUUAGUGGGACUGCUAGUAAUUUAAGCAAUGGAAGCUCUAGCAAAGUUUCUGGUGAUGAAUCCAAAGGUGAUAGCCCCGGGGAAGAUGGAGGGUCGGAUGGGAAGGACAAAUCGGCCAAGAAGAAAUGGUUUAACCUGAAUCUUAAGGGCUCUGAUAAGCGGUUGAUUUAAAACGAAGAUCGAUUGUGAUUAUCUCCAUCAAUCUCAGCUUGAGUGUCAAUGAUGGCAUGGCCACAAACACAGCAGCCUGCAGUGUAUCUUCUGGAAUAUUUUUGUUUUUCUUGGUUGGUGGUUUUUUAACCAGGUUUGUGAACUGGUUUUGUUAGCCGUUCGUUGGUAUUUAGUGCAUUCCAGGUUAUAUAUGUCUCUCUUAAGUCUUAAUUGUUUCCAAUAUUUUUGUCAUCAGUGAGAUUCAUAUCAUCCAAUUCCCUUGUAGCUUCCUCAACACAAACAUAGUUUUGAUAUUGUAAUCAUAUAUUCAUUUUUGUAAAAGGUAUCACUUUCAUCCAUCCUUGCUCUUCUUAGGAACUUCUUAAAAUGUUCACCUUUCUUUUUUUUUCUUUUUUGGACAUGGCCUUGGGCCAGAGAACUGGCCUAACCCAGACAAAAAAAUAUCUCUUUCAAUCUCUGACAUUGUUUUUAUAAUUUUGUAUUUGUUAAACAGAAUACUAUUAUUGUACUAGUCCAAAGGAUAAUUUACAAAUCCAUUUUUACUCUUGUGUAA